AUCACAAUUCACAUUGUUUACACGGUGUUCAGAUAAAGUCAUCACCUAAUCUUCGAAUAUAUUCGAUUUUCCGCAUAUUGUACGUAUUCACGAUGGCAAGUCGAACUGCAAUGUUGCUGGGUCAAGUAAUUCCUUGCGUGAAGCAAAACGCAUCGAAGAUACGGGUUCGUCGAAUGGAUCUUGACACCAAACUUAAUAUGUAUUUCAAAAAAGACGAAUUUUAUUUCGUGCAUGAUCCAAGCAAAAAAUGCAAAACCGGCGAUAUCGUGUUGAUCAAAGAACUUCCUGAGAAACUGACGAAGCUUAUAACACAUGCAGUAGAGGAGAUUGUUUAUCCAUUGGGAGACGUGACAGAUCCUAUUACGGGGAAAAAAGUGAGCGUCGGGAAGUAUCGAGACGAUAUUGAGGAAACGAACCGUUUGUUCGGUAAAUCGAAGGAGGCAUUCGAUUAUGAUAAGGCUCCUCCCAGAGGCCGACUUGAAGGAACGAAGGACUUUACCCACGGCGAAACUUAUAUUAAGUAUCACGAGGAUGGCAAGGAGCAACCAUUUGCUGUGUGAGACGUGUCAUCUGGUUUACAAAGAAAAAAAAAUGCCAUUUGUACACUUAGAGAAUAACUAAGGUCAUAAAUUAAGCUUUCUUCUAAAUGCUAGAGAUUUAAUUAUCCUGUACAAUAUAACAGAAAAGUAUACAAAAAUUAGGAAACCGCAGUGAGGUCACUGUUCACUUUUGUAC